GUUUAGAAUCAGACUAGCUUAUUGUAGGUGUCACGCCUUUCUGCUUCAUAUCCAGUUAUUCGCGCGUUCAAAAAGCUCGGAAGAUGCCGCAGUAAGAACAAGGAUGAGACAACAUCAGCACAACGAUAAAUCGCAUGUACAUACCGUAUGUCAGACCCUCGCUGUUCACCUUCUGAGUUGAAUGGUGUCAAGUCGGACCCUUUAGCUGCUAGUACCCUUACUAGAUCUAGUAAACGACACGCGGACGUUGUCGAGUCAGAAAUAUCAUCUAUUCAAAACGAUAGCGGCAGGCACCUCAAACGUCUUCGUCUGGAUGGCGAAGGUGUCGUAGCGCAUUCAUUACCUGACGAUGGUCAGCUCAGAUCUCAUUCCUCCGCUUCCGCUGUAACCUUCAAGCGAGCCCGAGAUGAAGAUAUACUAGAACGAGAUAUAAGUCUGGCUGGGGUUGAUGAUAAAGGGUCAUCCAAACAGACUUCUUCAUCACAUGCAGUUGAUUCUAAUGCAGAAUCUGGGUCAUCUGCAGCUUGCGAUACGAAUGUCGUCGGACGUUCAAAGCGGCCCAUCUCAUCCGUGUACAAAACGGGAUCCCAGGACUCUUCAACUGAUUUAGCGGACCAGGAUAAAGAUAGAGCAACCAAGCGUAUUCGACUGCAGGAGGAAGAUGUUUUGGCAGGCUCAAUCGAGAGUAAUGCCAAGACAUUAUUGCUACCAGUGGAGUUGCAUGAUCUAAUACUUGAACAACUAUGGGAGAACACAAACUUCGAGUGCACUGACUCUACCACUUUUAGGGCUUGCGCUCGUACGUGUAGCGUAUGGCGGGCUGCUGCUCGGCCGCACAUCUUCCGCUUCGUUCACAUAAAUCGCAGGAGCAAGCUUCUCCAACUGUCCAAGCUAAUUCAUGAUGAUCCGAGCAUCGCAAGUUGGAUACGCAAAGUACGCCUAGAGGGGGUCCCGCCGUGGAACACAGAGUCACACUCCAAGGAGGCUGUACUCGAUGAAAGUCUUGAUCGUUGGAUCCUUGACUUUCCAGCAACGUUCAAUACGCCUUUAACGAAUGUUCGGAUUCUGGAAAUUAUGUAUCUCUGCCAAAGCUCGGUAACGCUCAAGGAUCAAAGAGCAUUCGCUCGCUGGAUUCCGCAGCUCAAAGAGCUGCAGUCGGUCCAGGAGUUGAACGUGCUGCACGGCCAGAUGAGCCCAAAUACUAUAACAGCUCUUAUUCGCGCUUUCGGGCGGUUGGUGAAACUUGGCCUUUGUGAGGUCAAUUUCGGGGAAUCGAACAAAGCACUAGUCCAACGGAAGUACCCCGUAGAGUCACCGGGCAAUAAUUCUACUACAACUUCCACCAAGGCCGUACGUAUUCAUCGUACAUGGGUAAAACCAGUGCCAUACCCUCUGUUGCAUCCUCAUCCGUCCCUGCAAUCACUCUUCCUGGGCAACGAGUUCCUAUCAGACAUCAACCUGAAGCUUGAAACCUUGCGCCGGUGUCUCAAAUCUGAUGAUCUCUCUCGAACUCUCAGUUCGUUGUAUAUUGGUACCCUCAUUCCAUCAGAAUAUCUAUGCAAAUUCAUCACCAGACUUGGUCCAUCUUCUAUGUUAGAAUCGCUGAAGAUACCUCUCCGAGACGUCCUUCAACUUGCUGUCAGUCUUGGAAAGGCGGUCUCUAAUUUGCACAACCUCAAAACUCUCUGCAUAUAUACACCAUUCCUGAAUUCUGAACAAUCUGACGUGAUUCGCCACUUUCUCGUCCUUCUCGAUGCUUCUCAUCUACGACGACUUUCUAUCAUGAUUGAGAUAGGCGAACCAUUUGAAGAUGUGGAAGUGGUCGAUGAGACGGUCGCCAGUGAGAAGUUCGAAAGCCUUCAAGAGUUCGUUAUCGAGAUCGUCGAGAAGGGUGACUGGACCAUGGAAGAAGUACAGGAUGGAAUCAAGGCGUUGUUUCCGUUGAUGGAAAAGAAGGGUAUUCUACGUGUCGAACGAUGGAUAGCCCCAUAUUUAUACCGAGUCGCAACUCAUCCGUCCCCUCCUUGGACCAUCAUUGACCCUUACUACUAGGUUCCUUCCUCCGAUCCUGCCUAGCUGUAAAUGCAUCAAUCAUGUUUAAUUAGAUCGAGGUGACACUGUGCUUAGAUGGUACUCGCUCUCGAACUUGAGCUCUUCAGAUGCAUGAAGACCCUUGUCAGCGUCAUCGCCCGAAACCUCACGACUACGUUUGAUCUUCGUACCAUGAUUGUCGUUCAAUUUGGAAUAUCUGGGAAGCUCAACUACAUAUUAAGAAUAGAGCUCAGCAUUUGCGUUGAUGCUCAGGAGCAGAUGAGACGAGUUCCUCCUCAGAGCACCACACCCUGGCCACGGUAAUCAAGCAACACUCGUUGC